AGCUGUAUUUGUUUCUUCAUUACUCUACAAACGGGAAAAGCACAAAUAAAAGUUGUGUACAUUGUGCUAGUAAUUCUGAAGUCUCAUACUAAAUUGCUGAAUUUCACAAACCUGUAAAAAUAGACGCUGUUGCUGAAGCGAGAAAACGUGUUUGGGCGUUCAGAGCAAAGUAACUGUCAGGGUAAAAUAUGCCCUUGUUCCGGCAACUUGAGCCCCCACUGGUGAGGGAACGUCAGAGGAAGAAAAAACAUAAGAAUGAAUGGACUGAGGAUGAGGACAAACCAUCUACACUGAUUGGCCUUUGUCUUCAGAGCUUAGCUGAGAACAUGAAGGAGAUGUGGGUGAAAGAUUAUGCCCAAAAAUACAUGGACCAGUAUUUCUUCAGAUACGUCAUGGGUCCCUUCAGCUCUUUACCUGGUGAUUUGUUGGACGAGCUGUUGUGCAUCCUGUCCUCGCGUAAUUUGUUAACACGUGCAGCCCUGCAUCUCCUUCUCCUCCCGCAGCUCAGCUGUUUGUCCCUCACAUCAGCAUGCAACCUUGUAAAUGCCAACCUCUGCUCUCUUAUCCAGAUACGCUGCCAGAAUCUUCAGUCUCUGGAUCUUAGCGGUUCACAGAAUAUAUCUGUAUCAGUGCUGUGUGAGCUGCUGGGCUGCCAAACUCGUCUCCGCUCACUCUCCCUAGCUGGAACACAGUGUGAUCAGAAAGUGGUAUCAGUAGUUUCCCGCCAGUGCCCCAAACUGAAACACCUGGAUGUGUCACGGUGCCUUCACCUCACCCCUGCAGGCCUGCUCCCUCUGGUCUACCAAGUACCCCUUGUCAAGAAUGCAAACAUCUUAAGCAGCCUGCUAGCUUUGGAUAUCGGUCUAGCAGAAAAUGACAGCGAUGCAGUAGCUGCAGUUGCAUUCCUUCUGCUUAGCUUACCUAGUCUUCAGAGGUUGGCCAUAGAGGGACUGGGACAGGCUUGUGUUCUUAUACAGAACAAGCAGUUUGAGGUGACUGAGGAGUUUAGUAGCCGAGAAGGUGUGCCACUUCUUAAAGACAUGUGGGCGAAGCACACACAGGAAGACCACUUGAAAGACAGCAGUUUACUGAGUGCAGAUGGAGAGGAAAGUUUUACCUUGGAAGGAAAAAUAGAUGAUUGUUUGUCAUUAGAGGAGUGUCAGAUGGAAGCUAGUAAUAGUACUGAUAUAAAUGAAAGGACUUCAGGAGAGGGUUGUGAAAAAGAUGGAGGUAGAAGUAAGGAUAGUGUGACAACAUCUCUCAGGGAUGUACAAGGACUGUCUCUGGAUACCUUAGAGGCGGUAGGGAGCGUCUGCCCUGAACUGCGUGUCCUGUCUUUGGACUGUCUCCAGAGCAGUGCCGAUGAUAAUGUUGACAGCUUUGAACAGGCAACAGUUUUAGCCAGAGGACUCGGGAGGUUUUCUGGACAGCUACGCUGUCUUUCUCUACAGUUUGCUGGUCUUCUGUCUGAACUGGUUCCAGCACUUCAAGCCGCAGGCUCACAUCUGCUCUCGCUCACCUUGGAAGGCAUCAAAGCUGAUGGACAUACUCCUCUUCUGGAGCUCAUUCGUGCCUGUCCCAGACUGACCUCUCUCAGUGUUCAUUUAGACCCACCCAGGAAUAAUUUGGAUGGAAAUGAUGAUGAGGAGGACGACGAAGACGAAGGCCUUCUUGCUAAUCUGCCAUGCAUUCCACACCUCCGCUCUUUAACACUAAAUUUUUCCCUGGAUGAACGACAAAUGAAGCCUGCAUUGUGUUGGGGGUCUCUUAAGAGAGUGCUGUGGGCAUUACUUAAAGGCGCUUCUCUCCUUCAGAGGCUCUCGCUAAUCGCUGUUCCCUGUCGAUUGGACCGUGUGUUUAAUCUUGUCCUGAAUCAUCCGGCCAAACCCCUCGGAGCCCUAGAGAGUCCCGCACUGCACUGCCUUAGAUCCGUUAGCCUGAACCGCUCAGAUAUCAAUAUGGAGACUGUAGUGCAUAUUGUAAAUGCUUGUAGGCAUUUGUCUCGUUUAGAUUUGAGUGGCUGCUGGGCAUUGACUUUAAGCAAUAUCACAAAGUUACAAAGCAAAGCCAAAAGGAGGCGCCAUACACCGCAAAUAAUAUGGACAUGAGCUAGGGAAAG